AUGGCAUCCGCGGAGAAGGCUUUGCCGUAUCAUGUGACCUGGGCGCCAAACGAAGCCUUGCUGAAACUUAUGGAAAGAACAGGAUACACCAUAUGGCAUAAAAAAGGGCAAAGAAAGUACGGCGGUCCACCUCCCGACUGGGAAAGCCCGCCUCCUUUAAAGGGUUGCGAACUUUACAUCGGAGGUAUUCCAAGAGACUGUUAUGAAGACGAGCUUGUUCCAGUAUUUGAGAAGAUAGGGAAGAUUUACGAACUGAAACUCAUAAUGAGCUACCUCUCUGGAUCCCAUAGAGGAUAUGGAUUUGUUAUAUACACUAAUGAAGAACACGCGAAUCAAGCGGUAAAGGAGCUUAACAACUACGAAAUUCGUAAAGGCCAGCUCUUGGGUGUUUGCAAAUCUGCCAGACAGAGAUGA